AGAGAGAGAGAGAGAGAGAGAGCCACGGAGAGGCAGGGAGCGAGCUUCACUGUGCAGAUUUCAGCGACGCACGGAGCGCAGAGGAGUUCGCAAUUAAAACGUUUCCAGAAACACGGUCGAUUUUUACGCGUGAAGAAGAAGAAGAAGAAGCAGCAGACGAGCAGGAAGGAGAAGCGGCAGCAGCAGGAGCAGGAGAAGAAGCGUCUGCAGCGGGAGGAGGAGGAAUCAGCAGCAACACGGUGGGAUCCUGAGAGCCGCGGCAGGAGUUCGGCUGCGAAGGAAAAGGAGAAAGAAGAAGAAGAAGGAGCCGAUCUGACGCUGGUCCUGCGGCGGGUUUAGCUGAUUAAACGCAGGAAUAAUGAGGAACGUUUGGAUAAUACUGAGCGUCGGGCUGACCGCGGUCCUCUGCGGGGAGACGAUAGCACAAGCAGCCAAGGGCUCCUCUCAGGCCGACGACCUGUACCUGGACGACACAGGCUCAGGAGGCUUCUACCCCGAAGACGACGACGACUUCAACUCAGGGUCCGGCUCAGGUGGAGGCGAGGAGGUUCUGGAGGAGACGGCCACCGUCAGCAUGGUCUACAUCGAGCCCAACGCCGCCCAGCCCACCCAGGACUCCACCAAAGACUUCACCCCCAGGAUGGACACGGCAACGGUCAGGGAAAGGAACCGAGACAUGACGCCCAGGAAACCGUUCAGAACAGAGGCUCCGGUUCCAGUCACAGAGGACCUGCAGAGGAACCAGAUGACCAGCACGACCAGCGCCCCCGGCUCGCCUCAGGAGCCCGUCGAGGUCCGCACCGAGGGCCUCUUCCAGAGGACGGAGGUGUUGGCAGCUGUUAUCGCAGGCGGCGUCAUCGGCUUCCUGUUCGCCAUCUUCCUCAUCCUCCUGCUGGUCUACCGCAUGAGGAAGAAGGACGAGGGCAGCUACGACCUUGGGGAGAGGAAGCCCUCCGGAGCGGCCUAUCAGAAGGCCCCGACCAAGGAGUUUUAUGCAUAAAGCCCCGCCCCCCCGUCACCCGAUCGACCCGACCCGGAGCGGCCCGUCAGAGCCGCAGCGUUCAAACACCAGAAACAACAAAAGAGUUGAUUAAAAGGUAAAACUAGCUGAAAGGAAAGCUUUUGCAUAGAGUAUUGUAAUUUUUCUUUCUUCUUUUUUUUUUUUUUUUUUUUAAAUGAAACCUCUCAUUUUUGGGCAAAUCUGAGUAUAUUUAAACAUUUUGUGUAUUAUUUGAAAAAAUAAAAACCCGGAAUCUGUAACGGCGAGAGACCCGAUGGUUCUGUUUCUGCCAGAGGAGCUGUUUAGUCGCUGACUACUUCUAACUGUAGCAGUCUGUUAUUUGUAAAGAAAAAAACACAUUUAAACGUGGAAAUAAUUGAAUAUAAUUAUUCUGUAUCGAACCUACUUUCAUUUGUUCUCUUUUUAUUUUGUCCUAGCAUGUCUGAUGUUGAUCUCUAAAGGUGUAUUGCAUUAAUUUAUCUUUUCUCUGAUGUUAAAACAAUGCCUUUGUAGUUUUGGUGAAGCUCUUCGUCUUCACAUUAACGCUGUUAACGGUCAAAUGUAAAUGUCCUCCUUCAGGUUACAGUGUUUAUUAUUUGCUCUCACAUCGGUUUGAUCUUCUGUCUCGUCUCUCCGUUCUCUUCUCGUCUAGCCUUUUUUUUUUCUUCUUCUUCUUUAUUUUCAGGUCUUUAAAAGAUUUUUAAAAAAACGUGUCAGGGCUCGAGGAAAAAAAAAAAACACAAAUCUGGCUUCUGUUUUUUGUCUCUUCUCUAUUUAAAUGCUUCUCACAUUUGCACAUUCACUGCUGUCCACCUCCCUGCUGCUGCCUGUGGAGCGCUCGGCCUCCUGCAGACCUUCACGUCUCCUCGCCGCCGCCUUCCUUUUGUUCCGAUCGGAUCGUCCAGUUUGUCUUCUCUCUAAACUCUCAGCUCGGUGAAGGCCCGGUUCUGCUCGGACACAAACAUCCGGAGCAGAAUCAGACCUGGUAAACAGGACUCUGGUGUCCGACCUGAAUAGUUUCUAAAGGCUGUUUACGGCUCCAGAACCCACCAGGAGGUUUGUGUUCAUGCAGCUCAGAGUGAUUUGAAGCGGCGGCGAGCUCCCGUCUCCGUGGCGAUUGUCUCUCUGAGGAGACGUGAAGCCGGCCUGAACGCCCUCAUGCAGCAGCUCCAUCCCUUCGUCUGUCCACCCUCCUCAUCGCUGUCGUCCUCUCUUGGACCGAAGGUACUGAACUAUACUGAAAACCCAAAGACUCACAGUAUUUCUACUCCCCUCCGUCACGGCCACAUCAUGUUGUUUCCUCUCUCUCUCUCUUCACUCUCUUUAGUUUCUCUCUGACCUUUGAUUUGCUUAUUAGUAUAUGAAAAGAUAUAUAAAUAUAUAUAAAUGUAUAUUCACAAAUGUUUUAAACCUUCAAAGUGCCUACCAUUGGGAGAUGUCGUGCUCGUGGUGAGCAGGUGUGAACACAAAGAGGGGCGUAAACGAACCGACUGGCAUUCUGUGAGCAUGGAUGACUGUAAUGGUAACUUUUUUUUAGUCUUACAAAGCUGACAGUAUUGUACCUAUAAGUUGAAACAACACUACUGAAUAAACAUUGUGGCCUAAUA